AUGGCGUCCCAACUCACCAUCAACAAGGUUCAGGAGUAUGCUAGUCAUCUGGCCAAGGAAGAUGUGGAGAACAGGCUGGCUGGGGACGAGCUGGACGAUUAUGCCAGCCGCCUUAAUCGAUCACUCAAUUCCCUUCAAUAUCAAGUAAAGCAACAUGAAUCCAUUCUCGAAAAAGUAAUCAUAACUAACGCCGCCGUUGGUCAGCUGCGUGAACAGAUAUCAGUCCCGUCAAUAGAGGAAUCUUCAGAGAAUUUCAAAGCCCAUCUCCAGCAGGUACAGAAGGCUACAGCAUCUUAUAAAUCUCUGAUAGCUAGUGAGCCGACUUUACCAUCACCAGAAUCUCCUCUUCCGGCGUUAUUGGCUAUUCGAAGAACAUUGAAUCUGAUAGAGCAGACGAAGAGGACGAUCAAGGACAUGCAAGAGAAAUUACUGAGCGCUCAAGCUGAACUUCGCAAUGAGGACCAAACUUUUCGUGAUGCCCAGUAUCUGAGACAAGCACUUGAAGACCGCGUUGCGAAACUUCGCACCGAAGAAACAGCUCAAGGAUCGCAAAGUGUAAAUGAGAUCGCGGCAGGGCUUGUACUUGAGCAACAACUGCGAAGGCGGCGGUAUGCGAAGGAGCUUCGUAAUCUAGUCCGAGCAUUCAAUAUUUUUGUUGCUGAGGAUCUCUCCGUCAUGUUAGCAGCGGAAGAUCUGGGAGGACCUGUCGUCGGUGAUGCGCUUGAUCUUAAUGAGGAAGCGUUGAAGUCUGGAUUUACGCAACAAGGAAAGCCAAAGAAAACUUCUGCAGACGAUGAUAAGGCUGAAAUGAGAAGGCUAGAACGGAAUGAGCAAAUUUGGGGGACAGGAUCACAAUCAGAGGCCGAAGCAGCGGAGAGAGAAUUCCGUGAUUUGGUGGAAAACCUGCUGAAUGCUGCAGCCCAAGCAGAAGCGUCAAGUCCUUAUAUCGUUUUGAAAAAAGAGAACGCUGCCGUGAGAUAUCUAGUACGCGUCAAAGUUGCGCAAUUCCACCCAGAAGAUGCUAAGAAGCUCCGACUUUUGGAAUUUGGUGCAGACUAG